AUGGAAGAAGAUAACAUCCAUGACUUUAACAGACCUCAGAUGUUUUUAUUUGGUUGUUCGCUAAAAGCGGACAAAAAGGAGUUCAAAGUUGAGCUAGACGAUGAUGAGGCGGAUCACCAACUGUCACUCAAAGCGGUGUGUCUAGGCGCAGAGGCUGAGGACCAGUUUCACACGGUCGAAAUGGAGGGAACGACAUAUGAUGGCAAGACUAUCAAAAUCCCCCUGGCUGUGCUGAAACCGUCUGUGCUGCCUUCGUUGAGUUUGGGAGGUUUUGAGGUCACCCCACCUGUAUCUUUCCGUCUCCGGUCUGGUGGAGGCCCGGUCUAUAUAAGUGGGCAGCACUUUGUCAGUAUGAAAGAAUCUGAUGAUGAAGAGGAAGAGGAGAACAACUCUUCCCCAGUGAAGAGGCCUUCUAACAUGGUACUUAAGAAAGCUCCUCUUCAGAAAAAGCUGAAAAUGGAGUCAGAUGAUGAUGAUGAAGAUGACGAUGAUGAGGAUGACAGUGAGGAAGACGAUGAUGAAGAUGAUGAUGAAGAGGAUGAUGAAGAUGAUGAAGAAGAAAAGACCACACAAAAGAGUUCUGUCAAACCCCCGACAAAAACCGGAGAGAAGAAUCCCAAAAGUGCAGACAAACAGAACGGCUCCUCAGGGAAGAAGGAGGCACCUGCAGGGAAAAUCCAAACCAAGACCCCGGUUGAAGGAAAGAAUAAGUCUGGAGCUGGUCCUUCUGGAAAGACCCCAAGCUUAACCGAAAUCAAGAGUCGUCUAGCAGCAGCUGCGAAAGAGGGGAAGGCUCUUCCAAAGACCGAACAGAAGUUUGAGAAUUAUGCCAAAAGUUCUUGGAAGAUCACAGACAAAGAAGUAAUCAAAGAUCUUUGGAACUAUUUACAGACACUGAAAAAAGAGAAAAAAUAAAAAGUCGCGGCGCUUACGACUCCAUGUGAUUUGCUCCCCGGCGUGCGAUUUUAUAUUCCUAUUUGUGAAAGGACUAAGGAGAGUGAGUGACUGUGUUCCCCUGUAGCUGUGAAUACUGGCCUUUUAUACUUAAAUGGAUUCCCUUCACUCCAUAUGGAAAGCUCCUGCUGGGAUGACGUUGAGCACUCGUCAACAUGAUUUCAUGUGAUUUAUAACUGAAGUUCAAAGCCUCCUACUAAACAAUUUAUUAUUACAGUCCAACAAGUGCAAAAGUGGUUACAUAGAGCCAAAUUACUCCAGUCAUGACACAAGCA